GUCCCGGCCCCUCGCGCUCGGGAAAAUGCUGCUCUCGGUGCCGCCGCGCUCGGGGCUCCCCGCCUUCGCCUACAACAAGGGCGGCAAGAAGCAGCCCUAUGUGCCCCCGGCACAGCCCCUGGGACCCCCCAGCCCCAGCCCCGCCGGGGGGGCCCCGGACCAGCUCAGCAAGACCAACCUCUACAUCCGGGGGCUGCACCCCGGCACCACAGACCAGGACCUGGUCAAGCUCUGCCAGCCCUAUGGGAAGAUCGUCUCCACCAAAGCCAUCCUGGACAAGACAACCAACAAGUGCAAAGGCUAUGGUUUUGUGGACUUUGACAGCCCCACAGCCGCCCAAAAGGCCGUCACGGCGCUGAAGGCCAGCGGGGUCCAGGCGCAGAUGGCCAAGCAACAGGAGCAGGACCCCACCAACCUGUACAUCUCGAACCUGCCGCUGGGCGUGGACGAGCAGGAGCUGGAGGCGCUGCUGAAGCCCUUUGGGCAGGUGGUCUCCACCCGCAUCCUGCGGGACCCCCACGGGGCCAGCCGGGGGGUGGGCUUCGCACGGAUGGAAUCCACGGAGAAGUGCGAGGCUGUCAUCACCCACUUCAACGGGAAGUUCAUCAAAACCCCCCCGGGGGUGCCAGGUGGGCUUGGGGGGUCCCGGGAGGGGAUUCUGGGGGGGCAGAAGAAGCGGCAGAGCCAGGGCAAGUUCGUGUCCAACAGCAGAGCCUGGGCCCGGGACAGCGACGCGGGCACCGUGACCUUGGCCUACGACCCCGCGACGGCGCUGCAGAACGGGUUUUACCCGGCGCCCUACGGGCUGGCCCCCGGCCGGAUGCUCCCCCCCGCCGCCCUGGCCCCCUACCUGCCCUCCCCGGUGUCCUCCUACCAGGUCCACGGCCCCACCUGGAUGCACCAGUCCUACCUCGUGCAGCCCACGUACGUCCCCGCUGCCACCGCCGUCCCCGGAGCCUUCAUCCCACCGUACCCGCCGGUGCCCCCCGCCCUCCCGCUGGAGGACGGCGGAGCCGCCCCGACCCACGGCCCCAUCGAGUCCCCGUCCGAGCCCGGCGCCUUCCCCUACCCCUACCCCAAGUAG